AUGGCCUCUGCCGCUUUUGCCAGUGCAAUUGUUACGUGUCUCUUUCUUCGGGUCCGAAGAUACUGGUCUACAGGUCGCAGUGUUGUGGGCCAUAUCCGUUUUUGGGUUCUCUUGCCCGUGCUGUGUUUUCUUUCGGAUUUGCUGAGGCUGUGUGUGCAAGAUGAUUUGGUUGUAACGGGUGAUUUCGCUGCGGAAAUCGAUUUGAUAACACGGCGCUUGCCAACCUGUCAUUACGAGCGGCAGAAAGCAUCCAGCAUUGGUCUUCGACUCAAACCUAUGAGCUUGGAGGAUGCUCAAGAUGCCUUCGCCGGAUCCGGACCAAGCAGUUGUUCUAUGGCUCCCGCAGAUACCAUCCUACUUGUGCUGCCAGUCCAUCCAAGGAUGAUUGGGCACCUCACCAGCGAAAUGAUUUGGUUGCUAGGUGCCUUGUCGUGGUUUCAUGGUCCCACUGGCAAGAAACUGCUGGCUGCAUUGUGGCGAGCGGCUGGUGAGCAUAUGCAUAUGGGUAAGCCACCAAGUGGUCUUCGCCGGAAUACAACAGAGGUGUUGUUGGCACCUUCCCCAGGACGUGCUACAGACUUGGAGGACUUUCUACUAAAGGACAUCUUUUCUUUAUUGAGUGAUCAGCCUAUUCGCACUUUGCUCCCGAACAAGCACAGCUGUCGCUGCUACAGGAAGGGUGCAGUCUGGGGAUAUGUAGAAGUACCAUUUUCUGGGCCUGGCGACUUUACUUAUGUUGAUUCUGCUGCCAUACGAUAUGCUGUGGCAAAACACAUCCUUCCCAGCUACUUGUGGAGACCCCGUUUGGAGCUGGGCAAAGUCAGAGCUAUGCUUGUGGACCGCUGCAGCAAGGAGCCAGUUCAAUUGCGGUCUCACACGCCGGAGAUUCUUCAGCUUCUCGCGGAAAAUUACCUGCAGGAAUUCUGGAACGCUCAUGUUUCUUUUCUUUACGUGCUGAGUACUCAGCAUAGCUAA